CCGAGACCAAAAAAUCGCGUCGCAUUCACGCCAUUCAAAACUGACCCUGAAAGACGGCCGAUUCGUUCAACACUGAUAUUCACCACAUUCCCACCGCCCUAGGUUUUCAGAACAGCCGGCUCGAUCCCAUUGGUUGCACAUCUUCCUUUUAUUAGCCUUCUCUUGCACCAAGCAGCCAGCCGACUAUGGCGCCCUUAAUUCUGCACAACGUGCCCGACGAAGAGCUCUACGUCGGCGACGACGGCAUCCAAAGACCCUAUGCCAUGGUCUUCCCACAGCAGGACGGGUCCUUGCGAUCGAGGAAGAUGACGCACGAGACGGGCUCUUUCGGCAAGUCGACGCGCCGAACAAGAUCCAAAAUCGCCACGCCGGCGAAGCGAGAAGACCCUACGUUAGCCGCGGCGGACAAGGUGUUUAGCAGUUGGAUCGCGAGUCAAAACCAGAAUGCGACCCAGGCGAGCGCCCCCGCCACGUCGGCGCAACGGAGACCGACCCUGAAGCCCUCCACCUCUUCCCAGAGCCUCUCCCAGGCGCAGGACGAGAGCUCUGCCCCGUCCCAAACCCGCUUCCUGAAACAGCAGCAGGAGCCUACCGAAGUGAUAUUGCGCGGGUACCGCUCUGCGCAGCAACAAUAUGCCGCCAUCAACCACUACGAGCAGCUCGCCGGCCGGAUAUGCGAAGACUACCCGCGCGAGCCACCGGUCGAGAGCCGGCGCUACAAGUCGGAGCUGCGCGACCCGGCCUUCACCCGCCGGCGCGCGCUGACCCCGGAGGAGCGCGCCAAGGUGAACCGGGCCGACAGCGGCGAGCACUGGGUCAAGGUGACGUUCGAGUCCGCCGAGGCCGCCGACGCGGCCAUCUUCGCCUCGCCGCAAAAGGUCCUCGGCCACCUGGUCUACGCCGAGCCGUACCACGGCAUCCCGCCCCUGCGGGACGAGCCGAUCCCCGACCCGUCCACCAUGACGGGCAGCGGGCUGCAGCGGACGUGGUCGUCGUCCAACCGGCGGCACUCCCGGACCCAGUCCGGCUUCUCCGCCGCCCAGCAACAGCAACAGCAACAGCAGCCUGGCGGCGGCGGCCUCGACUGGUCGCCCCCGCGCUCGCACGCCUCCACCUCGCUGACCGCCGACACCACGACGAUCGACUCCGCCCCGGACACCACCACGGCCUCCUCGAGCACGGUCGGCAUAGCCAACGGGGCCCCGCCGGCCGCGCCGCAGGAGGACAACAGCAACAGCAACCCCGACGGCGAGUUCUGCAGGGUCAUCCCGACCGUGCGCAAGGCCAAGCUCCUGCCCAUGGAGCAGGCCCUGCUGCCGGCCCCGUCGCUCGCCCAGCGCAUCGCCAACCACGUACCCUUCCUCCGCUGGUUCAACGGCGCCAUGAUCGGGAGCGAGGUGCCGCGUACCGAGACCGGCGAGUUUGACUGGAACAGGGCGAGCCUAUAUUGGAAGCUCAUGUGGUGGCUCGACUUUUUGCUCGGCCUCUUUGGGGGGGAGAUCCGGGACGUCGAGAAGGACGAUUAGGUUGAGAUGGGGUGCGAAAAAAAAAAAAAAGGAAGGGUUGAUUGAGGCUGCCAAAAAGGACCGGGAGCGAGGGGCAGAUUGUUCCAUGCCCUGUAACGUUAGUAACUAACGAAUGGUUCUCUUCUGGGCGACAUGGUUAGAGGUCGAUACUUCUCGGUGUUGGCUGUCGGGAUUUUUCAGGGUCUUUUUCAAGAAGGGGGGGGGAAGGCGCACAUUGCUUUGUGGUCCCAGACCG